GUACCUGUGCACUGGGAGGGAGCAGAAGGUGAGGAACAUGGGCAGGAACAUGCUCAGGAGCUUCACCUGCUGCUCGGGGCUGAGUGCUCUCAGGGUGUGUGGUCCACAGCUCCACGGCCGGAUCAGACCCAGGAGUGUGGUGUGUAGUGCCUCUCUCACGCGCUCAUACUCAGCCCCGAGUGUGUAUAGUGAGGCGUUUGUGAGAGCUGGAGUAAACCCGGAGCUCUUCUGGACUGAGGCUGCGCACAACAUAACCUGGUUUCAAAGCUGGACUAAAACUCUGGACUGCACGGAUAAAGUCUUCCCUAAAUGGUUUGUAGGAGGGGAGCUGAACAUGUGCUACAAUGCUGUGGAUCGGCACGUUGAUGCCGGGAGAGGAGAUCAGAUAGCCAUCAUCCAUGAUAGUCCUGUUACUCACUCCAAACAGACGAUCAGUUACAGAGAGCUGCUGGAUCAGGUGUCCAAGUUGGCAGGUGUUUUGGUAAAGCAUGGUGUGAAGAAAGGUGACAUGGUGGUGAUCUACAUGCCCAUGGUGCCUCAGGCCAUGAUCACGAUGUUGGCGUGCGCCCGGAUCGGCGCUCCUCACAGCCUCAUCUUCGGCGGCUUCGCCUCGAAGGAACUCUCCGUCCGCAUCGAUCACGCUAAGCCCAAACUGUUGGUCACGGCGUCGUUCGGGAUCGAGCCGAGUCGCAAGGUGGACUACAUCCCUCUGGUGGAGCGAGCGCUGGAGCUGAGCAGCCACAAGCCUCAAAAAGUCCUCAUCUACAGUCGACCAGGCAUGGAGAAAGUGCAUACACACCCCGAGCUGAGCCUGGACUGGGACAAAGAAAUGUCUUCAGCUCGUCCUCACGACUGUGUGCCUGUUCCUGCUCAUCAUCCUCUCUACGUCCUGUACACUUCAGGAACCACUGGCACACCAAAGGGUGUAGUGAGGGGUACGGCAGGCUAUGCAGUGAUGCUGAACUGGACCAUGUCCAGCAUCUACGGUCUCAGCCCUGGUGAGGUCUGGUGGGCUGCGUCAGAUUUGGGUUGGGUCGUCGGACACUCUUACAUCUGCUACGGCCCUCUUCUCCAUGGCAACACCACUGUGCUCUACGAGGGAAAACCCGUGGGGACUCCAGAUCCCGGAGCAUUUUUCCGUGUUAUGUCUGAACAUGGAACAGCGGCGGUGUUUACAGCUCCCACUGCCAUCAGAGCCAUCAGGCAACAGGAUCAACAUGCAGCAUACGGAAAACAGUACACACUCGACAGGCUCAGGACUUUAUUUGUAGCAGGGGAGAGGUGUGAUAUCGAGACACUACAGUGGGCCAAAAAGAGUUUUGGAGUUCCUGUUUUAGAUCACUGGUGGCAGACUGAGAGCGGCUCAGCCAUCACAGCGUCGUGUGUCGGUUUGGGAAAUUCUCUAUCGCCUCCUGCUGGAACUGCAGGCAAACCUGUACCGGGAUACAAUGUGACCGUGAUCGACGAUGAAAUGCAACCGGUGAAGCCGGGGCUGCUGGGAAAUAUCGUGGUAAAACUGCCCCUCCCACCUGGUGCUGCGCUCUCUCUCUGGCAGAAUGACGAGCUCUUUAAACAGACCUACUACACCAAGUUCCCUGGUUACUAUGACACUAUGGAUGCCGGUUAUGUCGACGAGGAGGGGUUUGUAUACAUUAUGUCACGUUCUGAUGAUGUCAUCAAUGUGGCAGGCCACAGGCUCUCCACUGGAGCGCUAGAAGAGUGUAUACUGCAGCAUCCCGGUGUAGUGGACUGUGCUGUAGUCGGACUGGAGGACUCAUUGAAAGGACACGUCCCUCUGGCACUGUGUGUCCUCCAAAACGACUUUGAGAAGAAUAAAUCGACAGUGCUGAAGGAGUUGGUCGGUUUGGUGCGAGAUAACAUCGGUCCUGUCGCCGCAUUCCGGAAAGUUCUGUUCGUCAGAGUUCUUCCCAAAACUCGCUCGGGAAAAAUCCCACGAUCCUCUCUGGCCUGCCUCGUCAACGCCAAGCCGUAUAAGAUCUCUCCCACUAUCGAGGAUCCUGGAGUGUUCAAGACCAUCGAGAAGGUCGUGAGGGAACAUGUAAAAGGACCUGGAAGUUAACAACACACUCUCUAAUACACCAAAGCGCACACAUGAAAGCACACACUCCAGCCGUGGUGAUCCUUUAGGAGCCCAUGACCACUCAGAGUAUGAUGUAAUUUACAUGAGAUUACCUUAACACGUUCACAUGUGUUUUUACAAUGUUAGCAAACUGUGAAGAAUUGUCAGGUUAUGAUAUAGUGAGUUGAUGUCUGAUGUCUAAAUGCACAAUAGUGACACAAGGACAAAAUGAAUUACAUGAAGUUAGCCCUGUACUGUUAAAUAGUAGCUACAUCCGGUUUAUUUGAAAAGGACAACUUUACUAUAGUUAUGUUAGUAAAGCUGAUAAGCAAGUAACAUUGUUAAAAUCAUGUAGCGUAAUGUUGCUAACAACAGGCUAGUGAAUCGAGUAACAUUACUACAGUUAAAAUACAAUAAACACUACUUGAUUUA